AUGGGGGGCAAGUCUGCUACCAAGACCGCUUACUUCGAGAAGCUCAAGCAGCUUCUCGAUGAGUACCGCACCGUCUUCAUUGUCGGUGUCGACAAUGUCAGCUCUCAGCAGAUGCACGAGAUCCGUAUCUCCCUCCGUGGAGAGGGUGUUGUCCUGAUGGGAAAGAACACCAUGGUUCGUCGUGCUCUCAAGGGCUUCGUCGCCGAGAACCCCGAGUUCGAGCGUCUCCUGCCUCACGUUAGGGGCAACGUUGGUUUCAUCUUCACCAACGCCGACCUUAAGGCCAUCAAGGAGAAGAUCCUGGCCAACCGUGUCGCUGCUCCCGCUCGUGCCGGUGCCAUCGCUCCCGGUGACGUCUGGAUCCCCGGUGGUAACACCGGUAUGGAACCCGGUAAGACCGCGUUCUUCCAGGCUCUUGGUGUCCCCACCAAGAUUGCCCGUGGUACCAUCGAAAUUGUCUCCGACCUCAAGCUCGUUGAGGCCGGCAACAAGGUCGGUGCCUCCGAGGCUACCCUCCUUAACCUGCUGAACAUCUCCCCCUUCACCUACGGUAUGACCAUUCAGCAGGUCUACGACAACGGCCAGUGCUUCGGUGCCGAUGUCCUCGACAUCACUGAUGAGCAGCUCCUGAAGACCUUCACCCAGGCCAUUCAGACCAUCACUGCCAUCUCCCUGGCUGCCAACUACCCCACCAUCCCUGCCACCAUGCACUCUCUCAUCAACGGCUACAAGAAGGUCCUCGCUGUCGCCGUCGAGACCGCCUACAGCUGGCCCGAGAUUGAUGAGCUCAAGGACCGCAUCGCUAACCCCGAUGCUUACGCCUCUGCUGCUCCCGCUGCCGCUGCCGCUGCCACCUCCGGUGGUGACGCCCCCGCUGCCGCCGCUCCCGCUGAGGAUGAGGAGGAGUCCGAUGAGGACAUGGGCUUCGGUCUCUUCGACUAA